UGCGUUCUGAAAUAUAUCUAGAAAUUAUUUGUACAUCAAAUAUAUUCAUUAAUUUGGAAUGAUCUGAAAGUAUGUCGGAUCUGGAUAUAUAAAACAAGGAAAAACUAGCAUUCCAAAAGCAAAUUGAUUUUAUGACCGGCCACGUACAGCUUCGAGGAUUUCGCGUAUCAGCUGAUCAUAGUGAUAUCCCAGAGUCCACGAUGAAAAGUCCGAAAGAAAAUGAUUCUCUAUUUGAGGGCCGUUUCAGAGCAACUCGUGUGUGGAAUGGUAUGAUAAGGCGCUUUCGAAAUGGAAUGCCUGUAAAGCGACAUCGACGUCAACUGCGUAUCUUCGACGGUUGUUUUGCAGGUCGUGAGGCAGUAGAUUUUAUGAUGAACGAGCUACCGAAGUUUAUCCAUGACGGUCGAGAAAUAACCAGAUCCAGUUGUUCAAAACUUUUGGCUAUUUAUAUGAGUAUGGGGUUAUUUUGUAGUGUGCGUGGGAAAUGCGAUGAUAACGAAGUAUUCAAAGAAAGUGAAUUAUAUCGGUUUUCAUGUACUUCUCCUGAACUACUCCCUACAACACCAGUGUUAGUCCGCCGCGCCGCUUCAUUCAAUGAAAGAUGUAGUUUCAGACAAAAUAAUCGUUCUAAGAACAGAGACUUUCGAUUUACUGCCCCACAAAGGGUGCAUAACGUCUGGAGAAAUCGAAACAACGACUCGAUGAUACCAGCGCGAAUGCCUAUUCCCUCAAUGCAGCCGAAUGCUCCGCUUUCUCGUCGUUUAUCAGCAUCCCAUGGGAACCUGCCUUCUAUGUUUAGCUCCCGGGCAAUGUUUUUCCAGAAUCUAAAUGAUGAAUUAUCAAGAAGAUCAACUAACAAGAUUAUAUUGAAAGGAAGCGUCUCUCAGGAAAAAAUAAAUGAAGUGGCUAUAGAGAAUAUUGAAAUUGGAGCAGGAACAUCAGAACAGAUUAAUGUAUUAGACGAGAUGAUCACUAAGUUAAUCGAAGUAAACAGUAAUUCAGCCGACUCUUCAGGAAUGAACAACCUUCGACAUUUCGGAAAAAUUAUUCAGACCAAAACUCCGGAGAGCUGUCAGCCUUCUGGAUCUCCAGGAGCGGUUGUCAAUGAAGAACAUAGUGGUGCUCAUCUGUUCCUUGAUGCCAGCGAAAUCUACAAAAACGUUCUAUUAAAUCGGUUGCAAUCAUUGCUUCAGGUAGAUUCACUAAAGGGGAUUCUCGACUAUGAUUUCAGCGGUGCGGAUGUUCGAUGGAAUUGCGAACGGGUCGGAACGAAAGGAAUAGUUCGAGUUCAACCUGAGAAUGACUAUCUAACAAAUUAUGUUAUAACAAUGAUGCGUUAUCUGUCGCGAUGGCCAUUCGAUACAAAAUUCGUAGAAUCCGCGCAUGUACCAUAUGAAGGAUUCGAAUUGAAUGUUUUCAAAAGUGUUUGUGAGCAGUUUGAUAAAGACUGUCCCAUGCUUCCGAAUGUUGUGGCAUCGUCGGUUUUACACAUCAUACAACUGUUUCGCCAAAGAAGUUUUAAACAACGAAACUCAGCAGAAUUGCAUAAGGAAACAGUUUUUUGCGCUGACAGUUCACCAUUUACACGUUACGUGCAAAAGGCUGUUAAUUCUCAGAUUCAUAGUAAAAUAGAUGGAAAAGAUGAAAGUUCUAAUUUGCGCACAACAGUAUCGCCUAGCAAAGGAUUUAUUGGUGAGGAACAUGCCAUGUCACCACCAAACACUAUACGCUCUUCCGUAUCCACUUUGUCAGCAGGCAGUGAAACUUUUUCAUGCAGAAUGGCCUAUGAAGCAAUUUUAACACGGCUUCCAGGUCUGCAACGAAGUCCCGAGCUUAUGCAGCGUAUUGAGGAACUGGCCAAAACAAACGCUCUUGUGCCACGUUCAAGCACUCCUUGUGCAGAAUCUUGUGUAUUACUCGCCGGAAUCAACAGUGAAAAUGAGAGAUUGAUGAAACAAGCAGUAUCGUUAGUCAUGCUAACUUUGGAACCACGUGUUCGUCGUCGAUUGCACUAUCUCUUGCGCUUUAUGCAACGUGUCAGCCGAAAUUAUUGUUUGCGAAUGGAUAAACGCCGUGAUAACCGUUCAAUUGUUCUCGAAGGUUUGCCGAACAAGAUAUUGCGUACAUCUCAAACUAUAAACGCAUCAGAAUGCCAUCAAUUGGUCAUAUUUUUAAUGGAUAAUGAAUGCGAUACGUUUUCCAUCCCAGAAGCAUUCAUUGCAGAGGUCAAACAUCAGCUUUCACUACCACACGAGGUUGUUAUAAAGAAAUCGCCAACUGCACAGCAAUCUAUUACUGAGGAAUCAUCAGGUGCAGAACGCUUGAAGCAGCAUUUCUGUGAACCAAUCGAAAUAGAAGAAUAUGAAUCGCAAAAACAAGAUGUUGAUAGUCAUUUGCUAUCCCUCUUGAAUGACAUAUUGAAUGACGAAAAUCUUUCAAUUGUAGACCGAAAGCAGCGACUUAAGAAGUUCAAAAAGACUUACCCAGAAAUCUACGCAAAGAAAUUCCCAUCUCCUGAAUUACCGAAGACUCGAUUCAUCGACCGAAUUAGGAAUUUCCACUUCUGAUUCCAAGUGUAACUAAAUAUUUAAUUUACACAGCAAGAAAUGAACCGAGAAGUAAAUCUGCGAAAUAAUAUCACAGAAAUGGACUGAGGACAGCUUGAUGAUUAAAUUAUGAUAUUUUGAGAUAAUGACUCACAUGCUACUUCCUUACUGCUUGAAUUAAAUAUUAUCAGUAGAAAAUAUAAGAAGUUUCACUAUGAGUCUGUUGAUUUCAUUCGUAAUUUAUCGCUCAUCAAUGUUACCGGAAAUGCUCGUAUGUUGUUUAAACAAAACAUUUCAUCCAAAUAUUUCUACUCUUUAUUAUUCUGUUUGUUGACUAUGUGAAUAUAGAUGAUGUGUGAAUGAACUCAAUUCUGAC